GUUUUUUUCCAUUGAAAAAAUGUCAACGUUGUUGUUGUUAUUUUCGUCAACAGUCUUCAUUGUUAUCACCAUCAUAUCGUAUCGGUAGCCAUUGUGUUACAUUCAAUAAGAAUGGUCGUUGUGUUGAAUCAAAAAUUAUUUGGAAAACACAGCAACAACAACAACAACAACAACAUUCAUCUAUUGAAUGUUGUAAUAAUGAUGAUGAUGAUGAUGAUGAUGAUUUAUUAUUUGAUUCAAUCGAAUUAUCGAAACGUAUGCAGAGGCAACAACAACAACAGAAACAAGAGCGACAAAUAGAAAUUUCAAAAAAAUCAACUGAAUCGACAGAUUUAAUCGACUAUGAAAUGUAUGAAAGACGACAUCAACAACAGAGACGACGUUAUCAAUAUUCAAUGGAUUUUAUCUUUUCAUUUACAUCCAUUGCAAAUAUUUUCAUUGAAUUGAUUCAAGAUUUUUAUCGAAAAAUUCAUGAAAAUCAAAUACUGAAUUGUUGUAAAGAAGUAAAUAAGAAUUUUGAUCAACAACCAUUAUCAACAACAAUGGGUAUAAUGGUUGCAACGGAUGAAAGGUCAAUAUUUGCUAAAUAUUUAAAUGUUUUAUGCUCAAAAUUGGCCAAUAUGUUGAGUCAUGAAGAAAAAUUGAUCAAAGUGAAUGCACCGGCAUUUGUAUUUGGUAAUAUCGAUGGAAAUCUAGAUCGAUUGAUGCGAAUGAAUAAAUUAUUUUUUCAAAGUUUUCCAAUCCUUGUUGAAAAUCUGAUAUUUUUAGGUAAUUAUUCUGGUACUAAAUAUGGUUUUGGUAUAGAAUGUUUAGUCUAUCUAUUUUCCAUGAAACUUGUUCAACCGAAUAAAGUACAUUUAUUACGUGGCCAGAAUGAAUGUCUAGUAUUAUCGAAUACGAACAACAAAAACAAAUCAUCAUCAUCACGGUCAAAGAAAAAACUAAUUGGUAUGAAUGAAACAACGAUAAUGCAACAACCAUUGUGGAAUGAAUGUUAUCAAAAAUAUGGCAAACAAUAUGGACAAAUUAUUGGUGAAACAUUGGCAAAAAUAUUUGCUUUACUACCAAUAAUCAUUAUUGUCGAUGAGAAUAUUGCAUGUGUACAUUCAGGUAUACCAUUAUCAUCAACAACAACUAGUAAUAAGAAUCUGGAACAACAUUUUUAUUCAUCAUCAUCAUCAUCAUCAUCGAAACGACAACAUAACAUUAACAACGACAUUCCUGUUACCAAACGUGAUGAUGAUGAUGAUGAUUAUAUGGAUCAGAUAACUAAACAGAUCCUCACACGAUAUCCAGAUGAUGAUGAUGAUGAUGAUGUAAAUUCAACGAUCCAAAGAUACAAGAAAAUUGUUUCAAGGCCAAAAUCAACAUCAACAACAGUAACCGAAAUGGCUACUGACAAUAGAUCAUUGUUGAAAUUGAAUAAAGUUUCCACUAAAAUUGUAGUACAACAACCAUUACCAAUGAAAAAAGAUGUGUUGAUGGUGAAAUUACCACCACCAACAUCAUCAACAUUGGAUAAACAAAUAAAAAUAAAUGAUCCAAAAUUUCAUUAUACGAAAAGCUGUUCCGGAUUUAUGACAACAAUAAUGUUGGCCGAAAAAAGUUGCAUUAUGGAAAAGAUUUGCUUGAAACAACAAUCACCAUCAACAACAACAUUAUCAUCAAGAAUUCUUAGUUCUUCAUCAAUAAAAUCUAAUUCAUCGAUUAUAAGCUUAUGUGAUGCUAAAAGUCAACAACAAUCAUCAACAAUGAAACAAGAGGAAAAAUCAUCAUCAUCGUCAUCAUCAUUGAAUUAUCAUCAUCAUAUAUCAAUGGCAAACAUUAAUUUUAAGAUUAUCAAAGAUAAUCAGAUGUUAACAUUCCUGACUAAAUAUGAUCAUAAACGACAAAGACGACAAAAAUUACCACCGAAAAGUAAAGAUGAAAAAUCUGGCAAUAAGAAUAAUCAGACAAAAAUCAAUCAUCAUCAAAAUUGUUGGUUUGGUCGUGAUGAAUUUGAAAAUUUUUUAGCCAUUAAUAAUCUUGAAUUUGUUAUUCGAUCAAACGGCAACGGUACGGAACAAAAUAUUGAUGAUGACAAUGUUAAUGUUGGUCAUCGAGGAUUUCGUACAAAUUUUGAUAAUAAAUGUCUAACGAUUACUACCGAUCAAAUAUCAUCAUCAUCAGUUAAUCAACAGAAUGAUGAUCAUCAUAAUACAUCCAUUGUAUUUAUUGAUUCAAGUGAUCGUCGUAUACGUUUCAUAAGAUUUUAAUAUAAUUUAGAACAAAUUAUAAACAUCAUCAACCUACACAUGUUGUGUCCAACUUUGUAAAUUGUGAUAUAAUAUACUUGACCAUCAUCAUCAUCAUCAUUGACAUUAGAAGAAUUUCUUAUUUGUCAAAUCAUUUGAGAGAGAAAUAAAACAUUACUCAUUCACAGUUUUUUUUUACUUAUGAAUGAUGCUAACCUCUUCUUGAUGAUGACUGGCAUAACGAUGAUGAUGAUGAUGAUGAUUAAAAUAAAAACCAUUGGGAUAUAGAAAAUGAUGGUGACCUUCAAUAAAUGCUGCUAGACGCUAAUGUAUUAUGUGUGAUGUCUGUGUUUGUAUCCAUAGGAUUUUAUGAUAUUUUCUAUACCAUUAUAUUCAUUGCCGCCCUACAUUGCCAAAAAAAAAGCUUUUUGAUGAUAGUUGAUGAAAUCAUCAACAACAACACACACAAACAACUGACUAACGAUGUGAUUACUUUUACUCUUACUUACUCUUAAAUAUUUAUACUUUUACCAUGUAAAAGAAAAAAAAAUAUUGAAAAUCAUCGUCUGUAUUGUUGUUAUAUGCUAUGGUUGUUGUCGCCGUCGUCGUCGUCGUCUAUAAUGCUCAAAAUGUUGAUCUCUUUUUUUGUUGUUGUUGUUGCUCAUCAUGAAAAAAUCAUAACAAAUCAUUCUGAUCGUUUUAAUAAUCGAUAAAUAAAUCAUAGAUAAUAUUGUG